GUGUCAAUAGAGAAAGAAUUUAUUUUUCAUCUCUUGGAAAAUAAUGUUGCUGUCUGGCUGCUGAAAACCAUUUCUCCUUUCUAGCAUACUCACUCUAUACCACACAAACUAGACAAGGUGCCAGAUCACCCUGUUCCAUCCCACCUUAAAGUUGUCACUAAUACAAGAAACACAGCUGUGUAUCUCUUCAUGUCAGGAAGUAGAAGAAGAAACUGUGUUUUGAAGAAGAAAUUUUCUGCAAGCCAGCUUUGGAAUGCCUCUAGGAAACACAAUGUCACAGUGGUUUUGUGCACUGGAGAAUUCUGUUGCUAUCACUGCAACCAAUUCCUAUCUUCUUUUGAGUUAUUGAAAUAUGAUGUCUGGAAACAAGAACUUAUGAAGAAUGAAAAUGGAAGCCAUAAGAAAGCACCUAUAGGUAAACCUGGUAUUCUAGUUGUGCAAGUUACUCAGGAUGCCCCGUUUUCUGGAUAUGCUGGAAACAAUGGAGCCUCAGAGAAGAAACUCCUCCGUAAUGUGUUUGUGAAAGGAGAACAAAGAAAAAACUAUGAGGGAAGAACAAGGAUGGCAGCUAUUGUGCUUAAACCUGCCCAGCCUUUUAAUGGAGAAAGACUUUAUAAGCAUGUUGUGGAUCUCCUUCCAAGUUAUGCCCAAACAUGCUUUGUGAGAAUUAUGAGUUUGCCAGUUGGAAAUCAGAGGAGAGCCGGUACCAUAAAAUCAGCCAGCUCUCCAGCGCAUCACCAAGUGCCCCCAAAACUACAGAUUUUGCGAUCAGUUGCACUCACGAAAAUUAAAGAAAAGAAGCAGAAACUUGCAAGCUUGCAUGUGGCUUUGAUAGAGGAAUGA